AUGGAUUCAAGCGCUUCCGAAGACGAUGACAAUUGCCUGUCAUGUAGGAUCUGCCGUUUCCAAGGAGGCCUCGAUCUUCCAAUUCCAACUAUCGCCGACCUUGACGAUCUGCGCACUCAGGCACAGGCCUUCUCGAUCAGCAUCUUCAGACAUUGGGUCUUUCUCAACAAGAUACUGAAGCGCUUCGAGGGCCAGAUCCAGAAGCGAUGGACGAAGCGCAACAACAGCCAGAGACUAUCGGUUCUCCUACAAGCCUGGCCACACAUGUCAGCCACCCAUCGUCCAGAGUUUGCAACGCUGCGCAAGAUCAGCCUGAACAACAACAAACAACGCCCCAAUCAAGCCAGAGAAAAGGAGGCUUAUCUUUGGCCAUACAUCAACCAGGAAGAUCUAGUCCAGUCGCACAAUCUUCUCAUCUUUCUCAACUCUCGUGGGCGCCACCCCCCUGACAAGUUCGUGUUCGGCGACGAACACCAAGCAACCGCCGACAGACCAUGUGGCUCGAGCGAGGUCGACAAAUACAAGAUGUCGCUCCAUGGACAGAGAUCGCCCAAGACCUAUGGCUUGCUUGUCUCUCGCGAGGUAGGAGACAGAAUCCAGCAACAACUGAGAAUGGAGCCCGCUGCUGGUCUUCAGGUCCUUGAGGUACAGGAGCGCAUUCUCGACUUCCUCGUCAAGUGCUGUCGACUCAUCUUACACGACAUGAAUCUCGACCAGGUGGACCUCACCGAGACCAAGCCUGCUCCACCUCAAAUCAAAUCUACCCUGCCCGUACAUACUGUCACCGCCAUGGCUCAAAUUGCGCCAUAUCGCUUGCCACAAAGGCUCGACAUGAAUCGACUGAGAGUACUCAUUUCGGCAAGACGUGAGGAGGCCGAAGAGCAUGUCUGGGCUUUACGUGAGGACCCGGGCUACUUUGCACAGACAAUGAGAGAUUGGUCAGAGCAUUCACCAUUCAUGAUCCCCGACAAGUUCAAGAGGCCUCAUAGUAUGGUUGGUGAACCUGUGUUUUGGGACAAGGUGGCAACAAACAUGAUCUUUCAUGCUUAUAGCAGCUUGGUUCUCUACGCCACAGCCGACGAAACUGUUACCCUGGCUCAAGAAAAACUCGACAGCUGUCGCCACAGGCUUGACUUAUCUUCCAGUCUGCCCCCUGAAGUUGAGAAGGUGUUUCAGAGGCUGGACCAUAUCGUCCAAGUGGUGGCUGACGAGCCUCUGGGUGAACUGAUGCUCGGAUUUCCUGCAUCACCGCCCAUGCGUUACGGUUAUGAGCGCGCAGCUUGUGACUCUAGCCCCUCAUUCAACACUCUCAAUGUCAAAAUGGGUAGACUAAGCGCCGCAUGGAGGGUUCAAGUCUUGUUCAGAACCUUGCUGAGUCCUGAGCAGCAGAAGAAGCAUGGCUUGAACAACACGGUCGAGGAGAUACAGAGAAUGCUAGACGAACACAGCAAGGACAGCGAUCUUAUCUCUAGUUGGGUGUCGGAUCGCUUCUCGGACCUGGCACUCAUGUCCGAGAUUAGGCGACAGCUUGGUCUUUUCCAGCCAUGGUGUACCGCUUGGCGAAGCAAGUGUUUCAUCGAGGACGAUGCUCCUUACUUCUUCAGCAUGGUUGAAUGUGUGCACGACUUUACCACGUGUGCUGCUCUUGACGCAGCCAAUCCUGCAUUCUACGGGUAUCCCUCUGACAAACGCAGGACGCGUGAAACAGUCGACCAAAUGCGACUCGCCGAGAAGCGAUUGGACAAGUUCUGGGCCAAGUUGGACAAUCACUGCGAGGCGCACACAUCCUACCCAGUGCUCCAUCUCCUCAUGGACUUCUUCAAUGACUGGAACAGAAAAAUCCACAGAACCAAACGUUGGGUUGAGCCAAAGGACAGUGGUUGCAGGCCCAGUCAGCAACCAGAGGAUGAUAAGGAUGAGGAAAUUGAGCUCCUGGGAAAUACUCCACAGAAGUUCAAAGCAAAGACUAGACCUGAUGGUCACACACCAUCUCCCAUGCAGGAAUCUCGCAGAGAUUCGGCUACAAGCACGGAGGAAAAGGACCAUACCGAGGUUCAGAAGAUCAAGGUCAACAAGCGAGCCUUCAAGGUCUUUGCUACAAUGUUCCAUGUGCCCUCAGCAAACGAGCAGCAGAACACUGGAGAGGUUGCCUGGUCUGAGUUCCUGUACUCUAUGAAGAUGAUUGGCUUCUCUGUCGAAAAGCUCUAUGGAUCGAGUUGGCAGUUCACACCCGACACGAUCGAUGUGCAGAGAAGUAUCCAGUUCCAUGAACCACACCCUCGAGCCAAGAUUUGGUACUGGCUUAUGAAGAAUUUCGGUCGAAGAUUGCACAGAGCCUAUGGCUGGACUGGUGAAACGUUCGAAGUGAAGUGA